GUUGCAUAACUUCAGUCCAGUGGAUAGAUGAAAGAGCUUGCUGCACAGUGGUUGGUUCAGUGGUUGUUAGAUUGAUUGUGGGAAAGAGAGGAGGUUUGAGAUGGCCAGUUUUGGAUCUUGUAAGCAUAUGAUGGGUGUUGGUUGUAGGUGAAGGAGAGGAAGUGGGAGUGGAGUUAGGAUCAAUGGUGGAGGAAGCUGUGGAGGGUAAGGUUGGAGUUGGAGAGGCAGAGGCACUGAUGUAUGGUGAAGAUGUGUGGCUGGGAAAGGUAGUUGGUAUGUGAGGAGUAGGUGUGUGAGGAGUAGGUUGGUUGUUUGGUGUGAGAUUGUUUGGUGUGUGAGGAGUUUGUAGGGGAAUAUGGUUGACAACUCCAAGGGGAGCUGCUGAUGUGACAGUUUGGUUAGGAGAGCAGGUGGUAGGUGGAGUGAUUUGAUAAGGGAAGUGCUUCUCAUUAAACAACACAUCCUUGGAGAUAUAGAUGCGGCCAGACUUAUUGUCAAGACACUUGUAACCCCUGUGAGAAGUAGAAUAGCCCAGAAAGAUGCAUUCUUUUGACCUGUAUUGGAACUUAGGAUUGUUGUAAGGGGUUAGAAGAGGAUAACAAGCACAACCAAAGGCUCUGAUACCAUGUUACAUUUAGAGAGAGAUAGAGAACUGAUAGAAAUCAUAAUUGUGUUUUCAUUAUUGAUUUGAUGAUUACAACAAAGGUCUAUAUAUAGAGCAGAGUUCACAAUGAGGCCUAACUCUGACUCUAACAAUUACUAACUGAUUUUGUUAGUAACUAACAGAAUCACAGCAUACUAACUAACUAAGAAGAGACAACUAAUAGUAACCACAAACAGUUUUUACAACUAACUGAAUUUAAGACUUCUCUCUAACAAAGAGAUAAGACAUGCAGAGACAAUACCAAAAUGAGGACAUUAUCCCUCAAACACAAAAACAGAUUGAAUUAAACCAUUUCGUAGAAAUCAUGAACGGCGAACUUACGCCAAGUUUAAUUAAGCUCCAAAAUGGUGCUCAGAAUUUGAAGGAAAUUAAAUAUUCUACUAUUUUUUACAAUUUUAGACCAAAAUUAAAAAGCCUAUCUGACCAUAAGUCCAUAACCCAACUCAAUUAAAAACCCUUUCAUACCAAAAUUAUAGAAGGUAUCCCACUUGUGCGCCUGGGUUUCACUAUAAAUUUGAUACUAAUUUUAUUGUAUCAAUGACAGGGAUGUCAUGUUAUAUAGUUGCACAAUCCUCAGGCUGGAUGGUCCCCAUUCCUCCAAAUGGCAAUUCAUCUUGUCAUUCCUUACAGUACUAGUCUGAAAUGUUAAACUAAAGAUAACUGCAUGUGAUUAAUGCUAAAAUUUCCCCUUAUUAUAGACUAGAAACGUAUGAAAUUGAGAGAAAGCAUAAGUUGGCCAGAUUCACAGUUAAAUAGACAGAAAAAAUGACUGAGAUUUUAUCUUAUUCCGAGUCAACAACAAUGAGGAAUUGGGGAUUACAUGAAAUGAAGCCAACAAAGUGAAUAAAAUACAUUGUUAGCUAACAAACCAAUGAAUUAGCAGUAAAUAAUCCCUAAUUUCUUCACUCUUUUGCAUUCUUUUCCCAGUUGAGUCUAUCAGAUAUGUCUUCUUAGAAGAUAGAAACUUUAUUAGAAGACUAUAGAAAGUCAACGAUUCAGAGCUUGCAAUUGUUGACAAGCAAAACAUUAAAGUUACUUAACUUAACAGCAUUGAGUUUAGCUAACAACCCAUAAAGAACUUCAAACUACUUACUGCCAUUUAAUAAAAAAAAUGCAAUAGAAGCACUCCAACCAAAACAAACAUGCACACUAGUAAAGAGAAACUGGUGAUGAAAAACAAGAAGUAGGAUUUGCCAACAUAGUGGCAGUGACAUGAGUAGCAUACUGUACUAUGAAGAUAAAGUAGUGUUUUCAUACCUGUCCAACUCUCUGUCCACCAAAUACCUUCCCAAAUGUUGGAGCAUCUGGAGGAGUCAUUCAUAGGAAGAUGUCUACCUUCGAAAGAUAAAGAACAGAAUGAUAUAAGGAUUAAAGAUACAAAAUAUAGCCUGAUACUACUUAACAUCAAAGAUGGCAAGACAGACCAAGUUGAUUCUGAUGACCAAUGGUUUAGAUGGUGCUGUCUUCACCAACUUUGGAAGACUCCAAACAUCCAUCGCUUGAGAAAUAACGUUAGGAAAAACAACAGUGCCUUAAAUGGAGGAGGGGACCUGGACUAUAUAUGUAAAUGAAAUGAAUUCCAAGCAUAAUAAAAGAAGAAAGUGAAUUUCUCCAGGUUUAUAUUUCACAUUACAGGCAUAAUAAAAUUAUAAUGAACAGUCAACUAAACAGGCAACCGACUGUAUCAAUAUUAGUUCUUAGUUCUUGAAUCUUGAUCUAUGAAGCACCGACACCGACACCGACACGGACACCGGACACGACACGGAUACGGACACGUGGACACCUGUAAUGUCCAAAAUAUAAAACGUAAUACGGGUGUCGUGUCGGUGUCGGACACUGACACGGACGCGUGUCGGACACCGGACACGGCAAAGGGCUGAAGUGUCCGUGCUUCAUAGAUCUUGAUUAAGUGUUUUAUCAUAAAAUGCCGUUAAAAGUCUAAAAGACAAUGAACCUUUACAGAUCUGAGAAACGUACAUUUAAAAACAAAUAUCACAAAGCAAAAAGGUGCAGAACUUCAAGAUAAGGCAGAUUCUGCAAGCACAUCCGCCGGACUGAGGUUGAGAUUGAUAGCCACCAGAAGAUCUUAGGUUCACGUCAAAGAUAUCUUCUUGUUUUGUGGAGGAUAGUGUUUCCAUUCCAGAAACGGCAUUUGGCGUUCAGGGAUGAUUUUUAAAACCCUAAAACUCCACUACUUUGGAGGCAGUCUCAAAUUGAAGGUUUUGCUUCUGCACUGCAUCUUACUGAAUCAAGGCGUGAAGCUUCAAAACAUAGAGUACCAACCUGGUUCCACUCUUACAAGUUACUAGUUUAUGCAAAUAUAACUCAACAAACACAAUGCUGGUCUUUCAAGCAAAGUGCAUUAAACACAUGGAAGCUUUUACUCAAAGGUUUAUAUCUAGAUGGUCCGUUACACUUUACGCUCGUUACUCUGAUACUCCUCAGAAGAAGUCUAAGCUUGCUCCUUUGCAGGAGAGAAGAAUGAUGGACCAGUGUAAGAUAUUUGCAAAAGCAGGUGAUGGAGGUAAUGGUUGUUCUAGCUUGCGCAAGGGAAGACCUGAUGGUGGCAAUGGGGGGAGAGGUGGUGAUGUGAUUCUGGAAUGCUCUCACAGAGUUUGGGACUUCAGUGGUUUGCAGCGUCACCUGAUAGCUGAGAAAGGAGGACCUGGAUCAUCAAAAAAGUUGAUAGGUAGCAGGGGUGCUGAUAAGGUUGCCCGUGUACCGAUUGGCUCUGUAGUACAUCUCGUUAAUGGUGAUAUUCCUUCUGUUGUCAAAACUCAAUCCGCAACAGAUGUAGACCCUUGGGAUAUUCCCGGAGCACUUGUUGAUGAUUUUCCUAACCCUGGCAAUGGUUCUACCUCCAGUGUUACUAGUGGGGAAGUCAAAGCAAUGCAUUCUACUAGCUGCUCCUCAUCACAAGAUGAAGAAACAGAUGUUAAGAAAUCUGAAAAAUCAAGACAAGUUGCAUUAACAGAUGUAUUUUCUCAACUCUCCACUUCUAAUGGAGCUCCUGAAUUUGGAACAGAGGAUAUAGGAGAGAAACAAGAGAUACUAUACAAUGUUGCUGAGUUAACAGAAGAAGGUCAACAAAUUGUCAUUGCUCGUGGAGGAGAGGGUGGUCUGGGCAACGUGUCUUGUGUCAAAGAUUCAAGGAAGCCUGUGACUAUGGCAUUUUCAUGCCAACACAUGGACAAUGUUCAGGACCCUGACAGUGUUCUCUCCUCUCAGCAAGCAGGUUCACCUGGUUCUGAGACUGUUCUUAUAUUAGAACUCAAGAGUAUUGCUGAUGUGAGCUUUGUGGGAAUGCCUAAUGCUGGUAAAAGCACUUUACUUGGGGCUAUAUCAAGGGCUAAGCCUGCUGUUGGUGACUAUGCCUUCACUACUCUUAGGCCAAAUUUGGGGAAUCUAAACUAUGAUGAUCUCUCAAUAACUGUGGCUGAUAUUCCUGGACUUAUAAAAGGCGCACACCAAAAUCGUGGACUCGGACAUGCGUUUCUGCGCCACAUAGAACGCACAAAGGUUCUUGCUUAUGUGGUAGACUUGGCUGCUGCUUUAAAUGGAAGAAAGGGAAUUCCACCAUGGGAACAGCUGAGAGACUUAAUUCUAGAGCUAGAGUACCAUCAAGAUGGUUUAUCCAAACGACCAUCCUUGAUAGUUGCAAAUAAGACUGAUGAGGAAGGUGCAGAAGAAGUGUAUAAAGAGUUAAAGAGAAGGGUCCAGGGUGUUCCCAUCUUUCCUGUGUGUGCUGUUUUGGGGGAAGGGAUAGCAGAUCUUAAAGCUGGACUUAAAAUGCUUGUCAGUUCUGAAAUGUCAUCUGAACUUUGCCUGGAUCAAAUUUUGCUUGCUUAGAUUAUUAUUAAGAGCUCCUCUUGAAACUGUAAGUCAAGAUGUCCAAACCCGAGGAAAUAUAGAACUGAAAAAUGUGAUUUAUGAAUGAUGUUAUGGCCUUCAGUUCCUGUGUAUAUAUUUUUUGGGGGGCCUUAAGACAAGACUUUUAACCAUCAACAGAAUAUUGCAUGAUUUUUAGUUGUGUGAAAAGGAAAAGAGGGACAUCAAAAAAGACAUUGGAGGAAAUUAUCAAGAGAGAUCUCAUGACUUAGUAAUUUUCUUGAAAGUUUGAUUUUUAACCGAAUUGAAUGACAUCGUGUGAUUCAUGUA